GGCUUCUUUUUUUUUAUGAAGAGAAGGGUCCUAGAUCUCUAUCCUUCUGUGAUUUCAUUCCAUUUUUAUUUAGGAUUUUUUGGAAGCAACCUCCCAGAUUACCAGAGAUCAGAGAUUAUGAUGUUCAUUAUGGGAAAAGUACCUGUUUUGGGGACAACUUCACAGUCACUGGAUACCAGUCACCUUGGAGAUUUGGGAACUAGGAGGAUUCAGAUCAUGUUAUUGAGAUCUUUACUUAUGGUGACUUCAGGAUACAAAGCAACAACAAUAACUAAUGCACUUCCUCCCCCGUUUCUGGACCCGUUACUGUCUCCUUCUCUCAUGGAAGACUCGGAGCUAAGGCAGCUGGUCUUGGAAAUACUGCAUAACCUCAUUGAUCGGCAUGACAACAGAGCAAAGCUUAGAGGGAUACGAAUAAUACCAGAUGUUUCUGAUCUAAAGAUAAAACGAGACAAAAUUUCAAGGCAAGACGUGAGCUUCAUGAAAAAGCAUGGUCAGCAGUUGUACAGACACAUCUACUUAGGCUGUAAAGAAGAAGACAAUGUCCAAAAAAACUUUGAACUGCUGUUUACAUCUCUAGCUCUUACCACAAUUGAACUGGCCAACGAAGAGGUGGUUAUUGACCUCAUUCGAUUAGCUAUUGCUUUGCAGGACAUUGCCAUCAUCAAUGAGGAUAAUCUGCCAAUGUUUAACCGUUGUGGUGUCAUGGCGUUGGUUGCAGCGUAUCUAAACUUUCUGAGUCAGAUGAUUGCAGUUCCUGCCUUUUGUCAGCAUGUCAGCAAGGUCAUUGAAACUAGAAGUCUGGAAGCUUCUUAUUUUCUACCAGAAACAAUUUUCAAAGACAAAUGCAAUCUUCCCAAAUCCUUAGAGAAGCAUGAAAAAAAUCUAUUUUUCCUGACAAACAAGAUUGCAGAAUCAUUAGGAGGCAGUGGAUACAGCGUGGAAAGAUUGUCAGUUCCGUAUGUGCCCCAGGUAACAGAUGAGGACAGACUCUCCAGGAGGAAGAGUAUUGUGGACACAGUAUCUAUUCAGGUGGAUAUUCUGCCUGGCAACAACACAGAGGAUAAGACUGAUAAUACUGAAGAAAUCACCUUUGAAGCUUUGAAGAAAGCAAUUGAUAACAAUGGACUUGAAGAGCAGGAAAAAGAAAAAAGGCGUCUUGUGAUUGAAAAGUUCCAGAAAGCACCAUUUGAAGAAAUCGCAGCACAAUGUGAAACCAAAGCAAACUUGCUUCAUGAUAGACUUGCACAGAUCCUGGAACUCACCAUUCGUCCUCCACCUAGCCCCUCAGGAACGAUGACGAUUACUGCCGGACAUGCUCAUUACCAAUCUGUUCCAGUCUAUGAGAUGAAGUUUCCAGAUCUUUUUUAACAGUGCAAUCACAGCUGUUAGUGGAUGACGAAACAGCCCCUUAUCUACAGCAUUCCGUUGUGAUUUUUACUGCUGCAGCGUAUCAGCCUGAUCAGACCGCAGUCUACACAUAAGUAGGACUCGAUGUCACUCUAGCUUUUAGUUCUCACUCUUUGUUUUUUUCUUUUUUUUUUUUAAGGUAAGACAUAACAGUUUUUUGGCCGAUAUAAAGAGAGUAAUUUUUAAAAUAGUCUAUCUAACCUAGGGAUACAAUGUAAAACACUUAUCCACUCCGUCAUUUUUUUAAGAACAACACUGUGCACUUUUGUACAAAAAGAAAACAAGGAGUCUAAGAACUAAAGAAUGUACUUCUGUUUGCACUCUUGCAGUGUGGAGACUGUGCUGUAAAUACAGGAUUGUUUCUGUGAUUGAAUUCUGUUGCAUGAAUGCUGCAUGUGAAAAUAACUAGAUUCAGCGUUUCGUUUUCUGUUUUGUUUAUGAAGUAUUUUUGAUUUUUGCUAAUGAUAGGUUUCCAUGUUUUCAAUGUUCAAAUGAGCUUUGUUUGGAAAACGCAGGUGUGGUGCAGGUAUUGUGCGGGGAAUGAAGAGCUUGUAACACUCCGUGUGGUCACAUGAUAUUUAUUUUCUUCCUUUCUGGAAAUUCAGGGAGUCUGUAAGUUGAUAAUUGGUUCACUCUGGCCUUUGUAGACAGCUGGGAGAUGGAGUGGCUGUAAAGUGUAUUGUCUUCGUAGCUAUUGUUAUAUGUAGCUAAUGAACAAAACCAAAUGAAUUAAGAAUGCAGUUGUAUGGUAUAAAGCUGCUUUGUUUCACUUAUCUCUUACGUUCCUGAGACAAGUUGCACAACUUCAAAGCUCCAUGUGCUUACUGGGCCUGUGUUAUCUGCAACACAUUGAGUGCUGCCACAGCGUUUAUAAAUUGAUAUCCAGCUGUUUAAACGUGUUCCAGCUCUUGCUUUGGGUUCUUUCCCAUUGUGUCAUUUUAAAAAACUGUAGCUUUUGGUAGUGGGUCACUUUAAUUUAAAGUAAAUCCUUGUUAAUUUCAGGAUAGACCUAGCCUGCUGUCUGGGAUCUGCGUGGGGCUGAUUUGUCUGUCGUUCUGAUGGUCACAUAUUCUGUACUGUACGUAAUGAACCAGUUUCAAUAAAUGUAAGAACACACUGUGCAAUCUAUAUUUAAGCAAUAAAAUAAACCAAAAUUUAAAAUUAA